CCGCCGCCGCCGUGCGUGUGUGUGCUUGUCCGUGAACCGAUCUUCCAGGUCGGUUCCCUUUUUAUCUUCAAAACACACCCUUGAUUUUCGGCUGAAAGAAGAUUCUUUUGUCGAAAAUCCUUCCUUAGGCUUUUUUCUCCGCCAAUCCUCGUCGGCGACGGAAUCGAUUUUUCGCUUCUCUAAGCUAAACAGCAGCCUUCAUCCAGAAUGGCAGACUUCAUCGAUUCGGAGGCCGAGGAGAGCGAGGAAGAACAAGAGCUGACUGACAAGGAAAAGAAAAAGUUAAAGAAAAUAAAGGCCAUCCAGAGUGACGAUGAAGACGAGGAUGAUGAGGAUGAGGAGCGAAUGAGAGAAGAACUGAAAGACUUAAUCGAUGACAACCCAAUUGAAGAAGAUGAUUCGGACGGGUCAGAUGAAGAGGGUCAAAAUCGGAAGAGGAAAAAGUCGGACGAUGAGGAUGAGCUUGAUGAUGGCUUGGAUGAAGAUGAUUACGACCUACUUGAGGCCAACUUGGGUGUCAAAGUUGACAGAAAGAAACACUUCAAACGAUUGCGAAGAAUCGAUGAUGGAGAGUCCGAUGACGAUGAUGCUGGUGUGGGAGUUGGUGAUGCCAGGGAGGCGAUUGCCACUGAACUUUUUGAGGGUGGCUCCGAUCAUGAAGAGGAAGGUGAGCCUACUCAGCGUUCUGAGGCCGAAGCCAUGGAUGAAGACGAGGAGGACGAGGGCGAGUAUUCCGAUGAUCCAGACGAUUUCAUUGUGGAUGACGAGGGCAGGCCCAUAGCCACCAAGAAAAAGAAGAGGAAGCCUAUAUUCACCGACGCGGCACUGCAAGAAGCCCAAGACAUUUUUGGCGUGGACUUUGAUUACGAAGAAUUUGAUAAGUAUGAUGAAUACGGGGAAGAGAGUGAAGAAGAGGAGGAGGAUGAGUACAUUGACGAAGAGGGUGGUGAAGAAAGAAGGCGCAAGGAGAAAAAGGCGCGAUCUAAGAAAACAUCUCGCAAAUCAAUCUUUGAGAUUUACGAACCGGACGAACUCAAGCGAGGUCACUUCACUGAUCUAGACAACCAGAUCAGGAAUGCUGAUAUUCCUGAGCGAAUGCAGCUCCGUCAGAUCCCAGUUGUCAAGCUGCCGAAAGAAAGUCCUGAGCUUGAGGAAGAGGCCAAGUGGAUUUUCACUCAUGCCUUCAGUAAGGGAACCAUUUCGCAGCAGGAGGGCGAAGGAGGUCGCAAUGCUACAAAGAAAGAUCCUCAAUCCACUACCCCUAAGAUCAAGAAGUGCCUUGAGUUUAUGCGAUGUGAGCAUUUCGAAGUGCCCUUUAUUGCUUUCUAUCGCAAAGAGUACACCCAACCAGAGCUCAACAUCAACGACCUUUGGAAAAUAUACAAAUACGAUGAAAAGUGGUGUCAACUGAAGAGCAGGAAAGAAAACUUGGCCAAGCUGUUUGAGAAGAUGAGAAACUAUCAAACAGACAAGUUGAUGGAAAACAUCGAUCAACCCAUUCCAGAAAACUUGAGGGUCAUUCAAAAUGAGGACAUCACUCGGGUUUUGGGAGUGAAUUGUAUGGAGGAGUUGAGAGAUGUGUAUCAGCAUUUCAUGUUGUACUACGGCCCAGAAGUACCGGCCAUGCAAGAGGCAACCAAGAAGAAGGAAAAGGCACAGGCCAGAGAGGAGAGGGAACGAAAAAGGCAGGAGCGCUUGGCUCGCAGGGCUGACCCAGAAAAUCAAGAUGAGGAAGAGCCUGAGGAGGAGCCAAUUGAAGAAGAAGAGGAACCAGAAGAGGAAGAAAUUGAGGUGGUGAAACAGGCUUCCCGAGGUGGUACCUAUUCCCUCUGCUGCCGUGCUGGUCUUGAAAGUCUGGCUGCAAAGUUCGGUCUCACUCCUACUGAAUAUGCUGAGAAUCUUCGUGACAACUACCAACGCCACGAAAUCCAGGGCGAGGAAGAACAGGACCCAAUUACAACAGCACAAGAACAUUUCUCAAGCAUCUUCAAGACAAGUGAAGAUGUCCUCAUGGGUGCCAAGUACAUGGUGGCCAUCCAGUUGUCAAGAGAACCAUUGGUCAGGUCCACCAUGCGCCAAGCUUAUCAAGAAAAGGCAAAGCUAAUGGUCAGACCCACAAAGAAAGGAAUGAAAGAAAUUGACGAAAACCACCCUUGUUACAGCAUAAAGUAUUUGAAAGACAAGCCGGUGACUGAUUUGAGCAAUGACAUGUUCCUCAAGCUUUACAUGGCUGAGCAAGAAAAGCUGCUCACAAUCACAUUAAGUGAAGACUUCGACGGCAUGACUACUGUAUCCUAUCUGGAGGAAAUUAAAAAUCUGUACACCAAGGAUGGCUUCAGUAAGAACGUCCAAGAAUGGAAUCAGUUGAGGACUGAAAGUGUAGAAUUAGCGUACAAAAAGCUUCUUUUGCCACUCAUGAGGACCGAGCUGAAGGAAAAGUUAUUGCAGGAGGCGAGAGAAUUUGUCCUCAAGGCAUGCUGCCGGAAAUUGUACAAUGCUCUUAAGGUGGCGCCUUAUAGUGUUGAGUUUCCUGACGAAGAUGAGGACGAGUGGGACACGAGCAGUGGAAUUCGAGUACUGAGCAUUGCAUAUGUGCCUGACUUGUCGCAAGCAGCUUUUGCCUCAGUCAUUGGCACUCAGGGCGAGUGUGCAGAGUUCAUUCGCCUGCCCAACUUGCUCAAGCGCAAGAACGGGUGGCGCGAGGAUGACAAGCUUCAGAAGGAAGCUGAUCUUGAAGCCCUGAGGAGGUUGAUGACUUCAAGAAGGCCGCAUGUGGUCGUCGUUGGGGGCGAAUCCAGAGAGGCCACCAUGGUUCAAGCCGAUCUCCGUGAACUUGUCUCUGGUCUGACAGAGGAUGAGCAGUUCCCGAGUAUUAAGGUUGAGAUUGUGGACAACGAAUUGGCCAAAAUCUACGCCAACUCCAACCGAGCAACUAAUGAGUUCAGAGAUUAUCCGACUUUGUUGCGACAAGCAAUCUCUCUAGGUAGACGUAUGCAGGAUCCUUUAAUUGAAUUUGGCCAACUUUGCACUCCUGAUGAAGAAAUCCUUUGCAUGAGGUUCCAUCCUUAUCAGGAUCAAAUUGAGAAAGAAGAGCUUUUAGAAGGUCUCUACUUAGAGUUUGUCAACCGAACUAAUGAAGUGGGUGUAGAUCUGAACCGCACAAUCCAAGAGUCGAAUGUGGCCAACCUUCUUCAGUUUGUGUGUGGCCUCGGCCCCAGGAAGGCCGCAGCAAUUCUCAAGACGCUCAAACAGGCCAACCACCGAGUGGAGAACCGCAGUCAGCUGGUCACAGUCUGCCACAUGGCCCCCACAAUCUUCAUCAACUCUGCCGGCUUCCUGAAAAUCGACACCAACUCGCUUGGUGACAGCACUGAGGUUUACGUGGAAGUCCUCGAUGGGUCCCGUGUUCACCCUGAGACGUACGAGUGGGCUAGAAAAAUGGCUGUGGAUGCUCUCGAGUAUGAUGAUGAAGAGCUCAAUCCUGCUGGUGCACUAGAAGAAAUUUUAGAUUCGCCCGAGAAAUUGAAAGAUCUCGAUCUGGAUGCUUUUGCCGAGGAACUGGAAAGACAGGGCUUUGGCAAUCGAAGCAUCACCCUUUAUGACAUUAGAGCAGAACUGCAUCACAGAUACAAAGACCUCCGUUGUCAAUACCAAUCUCCAAACCCUGAGGAGCUUUUUGACAUGCUCACUAAGGAAACGCCUGAGACCUUCUAUAUUGGCAAGCUUAUCACAGCCACUGUCACUGGCAUAACUCACAGGAAACCACAAGGAGACCAGUUGGAUAAUGCUAAUCCUGUGAAAAAUGAUGAUACCGGAUUGUGGCAGUGUCCCUUCUGUCUCAAGAACGACUUUUCGGAAUUGUCUGAUGUGUGGAACCACUUUGACGCUGGCGGUUGUCCUGGUUCGGCUACAGGCGUGAGGGUCAGACUUGACAAUGGAAUUUCAGGAUACAUUCCUAUUAAGAAUUUGUCGGACCAACAUGUUGCCAAUCCUGAGGAUCGAGUCCGUGCUGGACAGGUUGUGCAUUGUCGAGUAACGAAGAUUGAGGUUGAUCGAUUCUCGAUUGAAUGCACUUCGAAAAGCUCCGACUUGUCAGAUAAGAACAACAGUCUUCGGCCAUCCAAGGAUCCCUACUACGACUCUGAAACAGAAUUGAAAGACAUUCAAACAGAGCAGGAUGCUAAGAAGCAGAAAGCUAGACAGACUUAUGUGAAGCGUGUCAUCGUCCACCCUUCUUUCCACAACAUCUCGUACUCAGAGGCUGAGAAAAUGAUGCAGUCAAUGGACCAGGGUGAUGCCAUAGUUCGUCCCUCCAGCAAGGGUGCUGAUCAUUUAACAGUGACAUGGAAAGUGACGGACAAUAUUUACCAGCAUAUAGAUGUGAAAGAAACGGGCAAAGAAAAUGCCUUUAGUUUGGGACAAUCUCUCUGGAUAGAUAACUUGGAGUUUGAAGAUUUGGAUGAAAUAAUAGCUCGUCACAUAACUCCAAUGGCAGGCUUUGCACGGGACAUACUAGCUUUCAGGUACUACAGAGACUUUGACGGUGGCAAAAAAGAUGUUGCUGAGAAAUAUCUGCUGGAGGAAAGGGACAAGAAUAAAAAUAAGAUCCACUACUUCCUCUCCGCUUCUAAGGAAUAUCCGGGAAAAUUUAUGCUCUCUUACUUGCCAAGGUUGCGAGCACAACAUGAAUUUAUAUCUGUCACACCUGAGGGAUUCCGGUAUCGUAGACAAAUGUUUGACAGCCUGAACGGCCUGUUCAAAUGGUUCAAGGAGCACUUCCGUGACCCCAUUCCAGGCACCCCGAGCACCCCUCGUGGCUCAAACCGCACACCUUUCACGAACCAGACACCAACGUUGAAUGUUGGGGGCAUUGAAGCCAUUCACAGGGUGGCGCAAAACCUGCCCCAGCACAUGCUGCAUUCGCUCAGCCAGGCAGCAACGCACACCCCUGCCUAUCCACACACUCCCGGUGCUGCAGCCGCUGCGCCUUUCCCUGGAUACGGUGGUGCUUUUGCCAACACGCCAUACACGCCCUCUGGUCAAACACCCUACAUGACGCCGUACCAAACGCCACGCUACCAGCAAGGCCAUCCAUCGGCUUCACCUCAGCAGCAUCGACCUUCCUCCCGCUCUCGCGGUGACAUGCCGCCCCCAAGUUCAGCGCCUCACGGCACUCCUCGUGGCACCCCUUCAAGCCACCAAGGCACUCCAACCUACCGCUCGACCCCAACCUACGGUAGUGGUCGCCCUUCAUCUGCUGCUGCAAGUGUUGAGCCAUCCGACUGGAAACGCGCAGCUGAGGAAUGGGCGAAGGCAAAGCGCAAUCCUCACUCCAAUGACGGAGGAAACUGGGGCACUCCUCGAUCCGAGGGAAGAAACACUCCCAGGGACAGAGGCACGCCACGAGAAGGUCGCUCAAACAGCCGACUUGGCACGCCUCACGGAACCCCUCGGUCAAUGGCCAGCCACACAUCCACCCCACGAACUAUCAACAGUCCACACUCCAUGGUGGAGAGCGCAGGCGGUGGUGACGCCACUCCCCUUUACGAUGAGAAUUAAUUUAUUUUUCCUGUAGUCGGUGAACGAUAAAAUAUUAAUUAUCUUAAAUUCCAUUUUUUAUCUAAAAUAAAAAGCUCAUGUUGAUUUAUUUGUACAAAAA